CUCACUCAGUCACUCACAGCCACAAUGGCCAAGUUCCUGACCCAGGAUCAGAUUAAUGAGUUCAAAGAGUGUUUCUCUCUCUACGACCGACAACGCAAAGGGAAGAUCGGAGCCCAGGAGCUGAUCACUGUGAUGCGCUGCCUCGGCUCAAGCCCCACCCACUCUGAGGUCCAGCGCCACCUGCUGAGCCACAGCAUAGAUCGCAGCGGAGAGCUGGACUUUUCCACCUUCCUGACUAUCAUGCACCAGCAGCUCCAGCAGGAGGCGCCAGAGGAGGAGAUCCUGGAGGCCCUGAGGAUGGCCGACAAGGAGCAGAAAGGCUUCGUCCGAGCGUCCGAGCUGCGAGCGACGCUCACCGGCCACGGAGAGAAGCUGACCCACAAGGAAGUGGACGAGCUGCUGAAGGAGGCGGGCGUCGGGGCGGACGGCCGCGUCCACUGUGAGCAGUUUGCUAAAGCAGUGACGCGUUCGUCUGUGAAGCGCUGACAUCAUCGCUGACAUCAUCGCUGACAUCACCAUGUUUUUAUGAUGUUUAAUGAAACACGUCUCUGUUGUGUUGGCUCAGUUUUUCCAGUGUUAUUGGGAUCAUUCAGUUUUUUGAUUUGAGACUCAACUAAAUAAAAUCUGUGUCACUUUAUGUCUACAAUA